GACGACUACUCUGCAUCAAUCUCGCGACGACCGUUCAACACGUCUGACUUGCAGCCUUUGUCUCUCUCUCUCUUUCUCUGCAUCUUCAUUCGCAGAAACAAAAGAAAAAAACCUUUACUUUUUUAUCCAAACCCCAGAAGAUAAAAAACCUCUGAACCCUUCUUCUUCAAUGGAGAUCAUCUCAAACCCCAAAGCUGCUUCCUUUCUUCAUCAUCUUCCUCCUCUGCUACUCCCCUGCUCUAGCAGCCGACGAAGACGACAUAAGAUGCUUACGAGGAAUCCACGCCUCCCUCGCCGACCCUCACGGCGUUCUCAAAUCAUGGAACUUCGCGAACACCACUGUCGGAUUCCUCUGCAACUUCGUCGGCGUCUCUUGCUGGAACAACCAAGAAAACAGAGUCCUCAACCUCGAGCUCAGAGACAUGUCUCUCUCCGGUCAAAUCCCCGACUCUCUCCGGUUUUGCGGGAUCUCUCCAACAACCGAUUAUCCGGCACCAUCCCUCGCCGCCUCUGCUCUUGGCUACCGUUCUUGGUCUCUCUUGACUUGUCUAACACUCAAUUAAACGGCGAGAUUCCUCCCGAGUUAGCGGAGUGUAGGUUUGUUAACUCUUUGGUUCUCUCUGAUAACCGGUUAUCCGGUCAAAUCCCGGUUCAGUUAUCCUCUCUAGGGAGAUUAGUGACCUUCUCUGUUUCCAACAACGAUCUAACAGGUCGCAUUCCUUCUUUCUUUACCUCACCGAGUUACUCCACUGAUGAUUUCAACGGGAACAAAGGUCUUUGCGGCCGUCCUUUGUCUUCUCCCUGCGGAGGGUUGAGCAAAAAGAAUCUCGCGAUUAUAAUCGCAGCUGGUGUGUUCGGUGCUGCUGCAUCGAUCUUGUUAGCCUUUGUUGUUUAUUUGAAGCGGCGGAGGACAACAAGCAGUUUAACAGAAGGAGGAUUGGCGCAGAGGCUUAGAAUCCAUAAGCUUGUUCAGGUCUCUUUGUUUCAGAAGCCUUUGGUUAAGGUCAAGCUCGGGGACUUGAUGUCUGCCACUAAUCACUUCAGCUCUGAGAAUAUUAUCGUUACGACUAGGACGGGGACGACGUACAAGGCGGUUUUCCUGGAUGGCUCGGCGCUCGCGGUGAAGCAUCUGAGCGCCAAGUGUAAGCUCGAGGAGAUGGAGUUUCGUUACGAGAUGAAUCGGCUGUGGGAGCUGCGUCACCCUAACUUAGCGCCGCUUCUUGGCUUCUGCGCUGUGGAGGAAGAGAGGUUUCUUGUUUACAAGUACAUGUCUAAGGGGACGCUGAAGAGUUUGCUGGAGGAAGAGGAUGUUGAGUUGGAUUGGUCUACUCGGUUUAGGAUCGGUUUAGGUGCUGCGAGGGGUUUGGCUUGGCUUCACCAUGGAUGCCGCCCUCCUAUACUUCACCAGAACAUUUGUUCGAGUGUGAUUCUCGUUGACGAAGAUUUCGACGCGAGGAUAGUAGAUUCAGGGCUUGCUAGGCUUAUGGUUCGUUCGGACAACAACGAUGGGUGUUUCAUGACUGGUGAUUUAGGUGAGUUUGGUUACGUAGCUUCUGAGUAUUUUACCACGAUGGUAGCUUCAUUAAAAGGCGAUGUGUAUGGACUCGGUGUUGUCCUCUUGGAGUUGGCUACAGGGGUAAAGGCUCUUGGAGGGGAAGGCUUCAAAGGGAGUUUGGUUGAUUGGGUGAAACAGCUUGAAAGCUCGGGGAGAAUGGCUGAUGCGUUCGAUGAAGGCAUUAGAGGGAAAGGGCAUGAUGAAGAGAUCUUGAAGUUUGUUGAGGUUGCUUGUCAUUGUGUGGCUCCAAGGCCUAAAGAGAGAUGGACUAUGUUUCAAGCGUAUCGGUCAUUGAAAGCUAUGGCUGAGAAACAAGGUUACUCGUUCACAGAACAAGAUGAUGACUUCCCUUUGAUUUUUGACACCCAAGAGAACUGAGACUGUGUGAAGUAAAACCUUUAUGGGAAGCCUGUGAUGCCAAGGAUUUAGAGGAUUAUUACAUUAUCUUGAGGUAUUAUUAUUAUUAUUUAUUGUACUAGUUUCCACUGCCAAUUUAGAUGAAAAUGUAUGUGUAUAGACUAUGUUCAUUGUAAAAAAAAAUGGUGUAUAUUAUGUGUUCUUCUGUCAAAAUUAAGAAAAGCUAUGUUGGUUUGGUG